AUGGCUUUGCUCAAUAGGUACAUCCUCAUUGAGUACGACAUUGGAGGACCGAGGCUUUGGCACGAACGACUGGCCCUAGAGCAUGUUUCCGGCGACACCUACAUAGUAGUCACCCCGGAUCGGGAUGCUGAGGAGCUGGGGCUGCUAAACAGUGACAUUCGUCACAUCCGAGUCCGGGCUGCCGCAAAUGUAGACCCCCCGGGUGUGAAUGCCGCUGAAAUCUAUGGGUUGCCAGCUUGGGGGCAAAAUGAUAUGAACUCCAUCCGGGAUGAGGCCAGACAGUUAGCAGAGCAGGAAAGACGGGCACUACAUGCAGGUGGGGUCGUUGCUGCGCCUCCCAUGGGGGCGGGAGUUGGUCCGCCUGCCUUUGACCCCAACGUUGGAUAUCCUGCAGGGACCUUGAAGUGGCUUGCAGCAGAAUCAACAGAACAAUACAAACAUGGGCAGGAGGUUAGCAUGGGAGCAGCAUUGAGCAAGGGUGCAAAACUGGCUCAGGCUAUGCCGGGCGGGUAUGUGCUUUUUGUCGAGUGUGUUGAUGGUGCUGAUUUUCAUGAUUUGAUGCAGAAGCCAGCUCGAGGAGAUUGCAGGAUCUUGGAUGUUGGCCUGAAUGCUUUGGGCCAUCCUGGGAGGAGCAUUCGGGAGAUUGCCUCAAUGUGCAAGGAAGUCCCGGUGAAAUGGGUCCUUCCGGGGCCCCGGACGGCGAAGUGGUGUGUGAACUACUUGUCGGUGGAAGGGCUCGGAUUUGAGGGCCACCAUGAGCGCCUGAGACAGGUCGCCAAAGUUGAUGCUUCAUCGUGGGGCAUACAGGAACACUUCCAGCUGACUAUGAGCCUGAGGCAGGCACUUCUGGUGGACCAGUUGGACGCCUUCAAUUUGCUAUCCGUUGAGAUCCAGUUUCGCCGGCUUCAAACCAUUGAAUACUCCUACAGUGAGAAGGCUCGCGACAUGGAGUCCAAGGCGGUGGGAGGCCGGUUGAGUUUGGAAGAGCAGACAACAUUUGGCGGUAUUACAAGGCAGUUUGCAACGCUGAUGAUUUGCCCAGAUCUUUUCGGCCAUGUCAAAAGCGAAGUGGAGAAGGAAGCUUCUUUGGCAAAGAACAUCAGGAAGGCGCGAGAGGAGCGGGAAGCGGCCCGCAAGGGUGGCAAGAAGGGGACCCUCUCACCGGUCCCCUUGGAGGAUCUGCUUGGCCAAAACGGGCAACAUGAGGUGAAGGAAUUUUCAUCGAGCCAAACUCUUGCAGCGGCCCAGGCCCGGGAGAAGAUGGAGGCAAUGGGUUUGGGGCGUAGUUAUGAGGAUCCACAGUUCAGACAAAAAGAUGUUUAUGUGGGUUUUGUCAACAGGUUGCUUCGCUUGGGCAUGUUGGAUUUGAGCAUUCAGCCACCUGCAGAACGAACAGGAAUGUUUCUGGUGAAGAAGAAAGGAGGUCGCCAGAGGCUGAUUUUUGACUGCAGGAGGAGCAACUGCUACUUCACGGAGCCUACUCCCAUUAAACUGGCCACUGGUGAUUCAAUUGGUCGGCUGGAGACUGGGAGAACCCCUCUUUAUUGUGCUUCAGCAGAUCUUGCCAAUGCUUUUUACACAAUGUCGAUGCCGCAGGAACUUCGUCAGUUUUUUGGGUUGCGAUCCUUGACAGCUGGGGAAACAGCUGUCGAUGAAGUGGAUGGCAUCAAAGUUGGACCGGAGCAGUUGGUUCACCCCCGCAUUGCCGUAGUGCCCAAGGGGUGGAGCUGGGCCAUGUACUGGUGCCAACACAUCAACGAACAUCUGUGUGAGGAGGCUGGCUUGACACCUGAGGAGCGCUUGAGAGAUGGGGAACCCGUGAAAGCGGGCUCAUUGUGGCAUAUCCAAUAUGUUGGCAACCUGCACCUUUUUGGAACAGACAAAACAGUGGUUGAGAACAGGUUUUGGAAGGCAGUUGAAAGGUUGAGGAGUGCUGGCUUGACAGUCCAUGAGAUUGAAGUUAGUGAAGGCAGCGCCGAAGUCUUGGGCUGGAAGGUUGAAGAGGGUGGCAUUUUGAGGCCCACCUUGAAGAGAUUGUGGCGUAUACGCACUGCAAUCCGGGAACUCCUGCGAAGAGGACGUGCUAGCGGGCAGCAGCUCGAGCGGUUGCUGGGACACAUGACCUAUGUUUCACUUUGUCGGCGAGAAGCGCUCUCGGUGCUCGGGGAGUGCUACACCCUUUGCAAGCGACGCUACAAAGCAUUGGUGCCCUUGUGGAAAAGUGUGCGCAAGGAGCUGGCAAUUUGGGAUGGCAUUAGUGUUCUCAUUUACAGCAACAUGCGGAGCUGUUGGUCUAGCACAGUGUAUGCCGUCGAUGCUUCGGAGUGGGGUCUGGGGGUCGCAACCGGUGAGUUUGCAACCUCAGAAGUGCGGACGCUUGGAUCUUUUCUGGAGCGUUGGAGGUUUAAGGAUGAAGCCAUCCUGGGCAUCGAGGCGAAUGCCCAAGAAGCGGACAUUCGAAGCGCCUACAAGCGCUGUGCCCUGCAACUGCACCCUGACAAGGGCGGAGAUCCGGACAAGUUCAAAACGAUGACGGACCUGACGCCCAUGUUCGCGGCCAUGAUGCAGUUGGCACAGACUGGCUCGACCCGACGAGCGAUACUGAUCACUGUGAUUGUGCUUUUGGCGUGUGUUUUGAUGCUGCCCUUUCUGCUGGUGACCUUGAAAUUGGAUGGUGCGACCUCCUUUUCCUGGCCGGUCGCUGCCAUUCCUUCCUGGAUCCUUCAACUGGUGGCUUUAUGUGUAUUGCUCGCUGCGUCCAGAGUGCCACGGCCACCUGGGGAAGAGAAGGGUACCGAGAUGUGUUUUUUUCGUUUUUGA